UAAACAGCCCCUUAAGUACAAUAAAGGAACAAUAGCGCUUCCAAAACAAUGUUUAUAUAUAGUAGAUAUAAAUGAAUCUGUUGAAUCUUCCUUAAUAUAAAAAAUAUAUUGUAACUCCUUGGAAACUUUUUACAUUUUUAUCGCUCCUUAAAUGAAGUACUGCCCUUAAACUUUUAUUUUUAUUAUGAACUUGUAUUCAAACAUUUUUGCAAGAAGGGAGUGUAUAGGUCUGCAGUAAAAUGAAAAUGUGUCUUGUGCUUCAAUUAUUUUGCAUUUAGUCAACAUUUUGUAAAGUCAAAGCUAAAUGACCCUGUGAGAAUCAGAAUGAUUUUAUUUUUUAUCAGUCGUAUUGGCUAAAGAUAUAUGUAAAAAAAUUACAACUUUUAAUGAAAUGUGCCAACAAGGUAGUGCAGUAUUUGUUUUGUCUGCUACUCCUUGUUUAUCUUAUGAAAACUUUCGACCUCUUUCAAUUUCAAUAUACAAUCAAGAAAACCAAAUGUUCUUACACAAGAAUGUAGUUAAACAUGAAGAGUAUUAUGAUUUAGGUAAUAUAUCUGUUGCAGUAAAAUGGGACUGGAGUAUUAAAACAGAUAGCAUAAAUUAUCAUCACAAACUAUAUUUAAAGGCUAUACUUUAUUCUGUUGCUAAAGCAAAUCAGACUGUGUCAUUAAAGAAAAUUGUUGAAGUUGACUUUCCCUUUUUCUUUUCUAUGUGCAUUUUUGAUCUUCAUCCUCAUGCAUUUUCACUACACAUUUGUAAUGAAGCAUACAAAAUUGGAGCUUAUGCGUAUGUAUGUUUAAUAAAUAAUGAAAUGAUUUAUAAACAUCGACCAAGGAAUGGACUCUAUUUUCUUAUGUUUGAUUCCUGCACUAUACCAUUUUCAACUGUUGUUUUAGCAUUUUAUAAUCAAAAUAAAGAACCCCUUAAACAAUCGUUUACUCAAGAUAAAUCCGAUUCUUUUUUGAGCACAUAUCAAGAUGGAUGCGGUCUUUAUUUUCAAAUGAAUCGUCUGAAUAUGGAUAUUUAUAGAACUAGUUUAAAUUUUGUUUGUGCAAAUAAUGCCAUGUUAGUAACUUUAAUUGAAGGGUUUUUUAAUACAGAACUUUCUUUGAAUUGCCCUUUAACAAAAUGUAUUCAUGAAACCAAUACAAAACAUGUUUGUCAAAAUAAAUGGAUUUUGGGCAAAAACCAAAGUGUGUCAGCGUUUAUGAAUCUUACUGUUGAAGUAUGUGCUGAUAUUCCGCAAGUAUUUCUAGAUAUGCAUGUUGUAAAUUCUGAAGUGCAUGGUAAUAAAAUAUUUCCAUUUCAUCAAACGUUAAAACCAAACUAUCUUAAUACAAAUGACAGAAUUUAUUCAUAUCCUUUCCCUAUUGGUCCUCUAACAAACAAGUAUCCAUCAUCAAACGAUGGAUAUUUAUAUUUAGGUGGAGGCAAUAUUAGUUUAAAUAUUUUAGAAAAUACAAAUGCAAUUUUUGUUUUGAUUUUAGGUCACUUUCCAAAUUCUCGUGAUGGUGUUCCUUUGCUUCUUACAGAGUUUCAUGUCAGUAAAAAAAACAUAUGUCCGUGUGAAGCUUCAGAAUCAAAAAACAAUAGCCCAUUGAAAGUAGCAAUUUUUGUAUUAGUCGUUAUCAUUUCUGUAUUGGUUUUAGUUUCGUUAAUUAUUUAUUGUAGAAAGCGUAUUUGGCGUAAAAAUUACAGCCAAUCGCAUACAAUAUUAGUAGAAGAAUAGCCCAUCGCAUAUAAUAUUAUCAGAAGAUUAGAGUAUGUAAUAGAUUGAGACGUGUUAGCUUUUUUCAUUUUAAUUUAAGUUUUGAGUUAUUUGUUUUAAGUAUAUAAGUAUUUAUAACCCAUUGGUAGUUUGCCUCGCAAAGACCAUGUUAGACUUUUUUUUAUAAAAGGCUAUAUUUUUAUUUUGUAUGGUAGUAAUUUUAUUUUGUUUAUAUUUGUAGCUAAACAAAAUAAUUUUUUUCUAUGUUACGUUUCAAACGCCGAAACAAUCUCAACCCACUAGAUAACUAAACAAUCUUAACUCACUAGGUAACUAAACAAUCUCAACUCACUAGCUCAUAAAAUGAGGUGAGCUGUGUAUUGGCAUUUUUCGUAACUUUAAAAUAUUCGUAAUUAUUUUAAAGUUACUGAGUAUUUUUUUUUUUAAUUAUAAAAUAUACUCAGAAAAAGAGAUAAAGCAUGAGUUCUGUGUUUUUUAAUUUGGGUGUCUAAGCAAAGUUCAAGGUGUUGAAGACAAAAAUUAAAUUUUUCGAAUUUUUGAUGAAGACUACAAUUUUCAAAAUUUUUUAUUUUAAA